UUUAGUUGUAUAUUACUUGAGUAGCAUUCUAAUAAAGUGUUUAAAAUAGUGUUCGUUACAAUAACAGUUCAAAAAGUUCUAACGAUGUCGACUGUUGGUAUGAGUGUUGCUAACACGGAGUUCGAUGCUGCCCAAGCACUGUUGGACCUGCAAAGCAAUAUUCGAGAAACCAGACAUGAGAAUUAUGAUACUAAAGAAUCUGUGGAAACUGCUAAGUUGUUCUUGAGCUGUUUCAUAGCGUCUAAUGUCGGCAAUGCGGCGAAACCAUCACAUAAAGCUGUAUCGUCACCUAAGGUUGGGACUGUUACUCCCAUGUAUGCAGUAUCAAAAGGCACAACUACAACGUCUGAUGUUGCUGUGUCUCCAAAAAUUCCUAAACGAAAAUCUCCUGAUCAAGAAUUAACACGAGCUUCAAAUGCUCAUAACUAUGACAUCGCUGAAUCAAGUAACAAAAGAUCUAAAAUAUUCAAAAGGAAACCUAUAAAACAUUUCACGGUUACUUCAGGUCCUAUUCCCAAGAUUCUAGCUAACAGGGCCGCUAACUCAGCUAAAAAUGAUAGCAGGAGCACGAUUACUGAAUAUAAAGUAAAAACUCGUGAUGUAGGAACGCAAACUGAUGAAGAAAUUCAACCUCCAAUAAUAGAAACGAUGGAAUUCACGAUAUCGAAACUUUGUGAGAAAAUCAAAUCACUAGAGGCGCAAAUACAAUCAAAUUCGAAGCUAAGCAACGCAAUCGAAAAGGAAAUUUCUGAUAACGAUGUUGAUUAUGAUGACGAUGACGAUGAUGACGAAUCUUAUAAAGUGAACUCUAAUGAAAAUACAUUCGACGACAGUGAUUUAUCAGAUUCAGAUGAAACAUACUCGGAACGCGAGACUCCUGAAAAACAAAAAUGUAAACCAAAGGCAAAACAAUGCGGUUACACCAGUACACCGAAAGUAUUAACUAACAGAAACUCAAUUGCUAAUGCGGAUGACAUGGUGCCAAUUGGAGAGGGGAAUGCUCUUAUUCCAUCAAGAAUUUUCAGACAUGUCAAUUGGAAUUCAUACACAAGUGCUACACGAAAGUUGUUAACCGCAGUUUUUACACGCAGAGUUUUAGCGACUCACUCCCUUACUGGCAAGCCAUCUCCCGCAUUUCCUAACAAGCCUGCUAAGAAAAAAUUGGAUCCAGCUUUGGUAAAUGAUAUAGUACAGACGGUAGUUGAGCGCUGUUGCGUGCCUGAAAAUGUCGUCAGAACCAGUAUUACCACAAAAUGUGCUGAUGAGAGUAAAAUGUUUCGCACACGGGAAAAUAAUAAAAAGAAGCGGACACAUAAAGUAAACAGGGAGAAUAUCCCACCUGAGUCUGACUCAGACCAUUUUUAAGAAAUUGUUAUACUUAUAGAAAACACUAAUUAACUGAAUAUCCAAUUAAAAUGAAAUAUUGUAACUACUUUUAGUAGUUGAAGUAGAUGCCA